UUGGUGCGCCGGCGGCCGGAUCGGAGGCGGUGGCGAGCUUACGACUACGAGUAAAAUUCAAAUAGGGAUAACUCGGGAGCUGAGAUGGAGAUAACGAACUGCUAAACUUUAAAUUUGAGUAAAGUAAGUACUUUUUCCUGCAAACCUUUCUCGGGAAGCCAUGAUGCCGGCAUUGUCAACCCGAGCCAAACCUUUUGUGUCUACAUCAAAUCACUGGAAAGGCAUGUUGGUAAGAAGCAAACAAUUCAUUCAGCUCCAGAAGAAUUCCUCAAUCCAGAUGCCAAGAUCAUUCUCUCAACAGUCUUAUAGGUCAAGGUUCACAUCUAGUAGUCCUCAAAAGGGUUACAAAAUCGUAUUAUCUUUGGGGCUAAUUGCUGGAGGAACCUUGACAGCUUACCACUACUUCACAUCAGACAGAGUUCGCAAAUUUUCCAGGAAAGUCAAAGAGUCAUUUGACGUAAAAGGUCCGGUAGCAUUGUGUCAAGAAGGAACCAGGAAAGUUGAAAGGGAUGAAAGCGUUUUGGUGUCUUCAAGAAAGUUUGAUGCAGCAAUAAAGAGAUCAAGGGAUCUGCUGCAAAGAGCAAAGGAUGAAGUUGGUGCUCCAGGAAUUGUAGCUGCAGUUUCUGUUGAUGGCAAGCUGGUAUGGAGUGAAGGUUUUGGAUAUGCUGAUGUUGAGAACCGGACUCCAUGCAAACCCAACAGCGUUUUCCGUAUAGCGAGUAUAAGCAAGUCCUUGGCAAUGACAGCAGUUGCUCGUCUCAUGGAAGAAGGAAAACUAGAUCUAGAUAAACCUGUCCAAGAAUAUGUGCCUUCAUUUCCAGAGAAGGAAUGGGAGGGGGAAAAGGUUUCCCUGACCACAAGACAUAUUGUGUCUCACUUGGGAGGUAUCCGUCACUAUGAUAAAUCAUACGUGAAAAAGAAGAAGACAAAAACAAAUGAAAAGAGUGAGGCUGAUCAAAAGAAGCAAAACAACAAGUCUGCCAACAAGGAAGAGAAGUCAAAUGAACAGGAAACAAAUAACAAGUCUGAGGACAAGAAAAAUGAUGAGAUCAGUACCAUGCAAACAGAGUCCAAGCUGGAAGAGAUGAGGUCCAAGAAGGAAUUCAAGACUGUAGCUAGUGCUCUGGAUUUAUUUAAAGAUGACCCUUUAGUGCACAAACCAGGAACAAAGUAUCUGUACACUACCCAUGGCUUCACAUUGGUUAGUGCAGUCGUAGAAGGAGCAUCUGGACAAGACUUUGUGACAUACAUGAGGACAAUGUUACGUGAAAUGGGUCUUACUAACACUGUCCCUGACAAACAUAUACCAAUCAUUUAUAACAGAGCAAGAGGUUACCAGUACAACAAGCAUGGCAGGCUAGAGAAUUGCCCUUAUGUUGAUUUAUCCUACAAAUGGGCUGGAGGGGGCUAUCUCUCUACUGUUCAAGACCUUAUCAAGUUUGGCAACAUAAUGCUGUACAGCUAUCAACAGCCAACAGGUGGUGCAGAUCAGAGUAAUCUUCCUGGUUUCUUGAAGAAAGACACAGUGGAAAAAAUCUGGGAGCCUGUUCCCAUAGCCAAACCCAAACCCAGCAAUGAGUACUGCUACGCCAUGGGUUGGAGUGUCUUAGAGAAAAAGCAAAAGCAUGGAUACUGUCGUCCAACCCGGCAUUACGUCACUCACAGUGGUGCAGCUAUGGGUUUCUCCAGCGUGCUUGUUGUAGCCCCAAACCCUGUAUGUAAUGAUGGAACUGACAGUGCUACAGAAAAUGAAAGGAAAGACUUAGAUGGUAUGGAGAAUGAGGAGUGUUUAUCACAAAAUCAUUCUCGUAUUCCGAAAGGGAUUGUGGUGGCAUUGUAUGCAAAUUUGCUUGAUGUUGGGCUAACAAAACCUGCAGAAGGUAUUGUAGAAGCAUUUCAACAGUGUGAUGACAAGACAUGAUCUUGGUGAAAUAUUACGAAUUGUUUUUAUAAUUUCAUACGUAGUCGAGUCAUUCAGGAAAAAUUUCCCAUUUUAUCAUCUCAAGCAUCUUAAAGCCUGUAGCCUCACAAACUGGCAUGGUUUCUAUGAAAUUCUGUGAUUGAAAUCUCAUAGAGAGAUGGCCAUAACACACAUCCAGUCUUGAUGGCCAGUGAUGUUUCAGUAUGAGUAGGCAAAAGACUGUAUUCACAUCCAUAACAUUAACCUCCAUUAUAAAGUCGUCUGUAAUCUACAUUUGUAUAUAGAUCGCAGAGUUACUGACUGUAUACCAGCAAGGAUACAAUGUACAGCUUGUAUUAUCUGUGAUGUUGUGGGGCAAUAGAUGGUUGCAACCAAACAUGAUUUUGAUGAAUUGUAAUGUUUAAUGAAUGAACCGGUUGUGGCCUAUGAAUGGAGACAAUAUUAUAUGCGCGGUCAUCAUCAUCAUUCAGUUUUUAACACGUGUAUAUCUGCUGAUAUAUCAUAUAAAUAAUCAGCCACCAACAUAGUAUUGUGUGUAUCAAAUCUUGAACAAAAUAAAAGUACUGUAAUAAAAAAUUAAAGCUUUCUUUUUGCAAACAGAUAAGGAUAAUGAAAUGUACCGGUAAUUGAGCAAAUAGAAAUGCUGUCAUGUUGUGAGCACAUUUGUGUUCAAUAAUGUUGUUUUUUAUGAUAUUGUAGAAUGAAUUUUUACUUGCGAAAUUGUUCUUGUAAAAGUAAUUGCUCGAACUCACUAGUAAAAGCAUUUGCUCACUCAUUUUUAUGCAUACGGAAUCAAGCGAAUGCCUAGCAAAAGCAAUUGCUGAUUAUGCAUCUGACCCAUAGUCAUUUAAUUGAGUACUUAAGGGAAAGAAAGAAUGGAUGAAUGGGUCAUUGACCUGCUGUUACAUAAAUGAUACACUUUUCAGAUGGCAAAAUAAUGGCUCAUUUAUGUAUCUGGUAUAAUGCUUAAUGUUUUCAAACAUCCAGGCACAUCAGGACCGCUUUUCCUGAUUUGAAGUACCACACGAAUAGGUAGUGAAAUGUAGCCAGCUGUCUAAAAGAAAAGAAUCACACAUUUUUUUCCCAUUUUUUAAAGAUUCUUUGCCAGCAUGCACCAGUAAAGGAUGAUUUUUUAAAAGAGUGAAGUCAAAACCUCACUGCACUCUGAAUUACAUGUGAAUUAUACAAAUAUUAAUGUAUUUAAUCAUUAUGCUUCACACUUGCUGUGCUCAGUAAUAUGCCUCGGUCUUUAGUGUCAAGGCUGUUGAUUAAGCAAAGACUUCAUGUUGAGCACACACAGGGCACAGCUUGAACAUAUAGUGGAAACUAUUGCUGAAAUGCUCCCCAGGGAGUGUAAAAGGAGCAUGAUUUGUAAGCAACAACCCAAUGACCAGGGAAUCAUUACAGCAUGCCAUGUAUGAGAAAUCAAUCAAUCACCAUACUCUGCAGUAUCAUCCUUGCAGCUACAUGUACUUUUAAGAAUAACCACAUCACUUCCUCAUACUGAUAUGCAUACACAACUAUUGUACUAGUACAUUUGUAUACCGUAAUCCUUUUUAUGGGGUGGAUGGUGGUAUUGUGUACAUUGUCAAAUACAUUGUCAAAGGAAAUUUGCUGUUACCCUCAUAUUUCCCAUGGAAAGAGAUUAGAGAAAAUGCUGACCCCUUCUAUUUAUCUGUGUGUAAUACCCAUCCUGAAAUAUAUGCUUUCAUAGUGAUUAAGUUGUGCUAGUCAAUCAAUAUUUAAUGAAAUUUCAAUUGUAUGAUAAAAAUAUAUGUUCAUGUGAAAUGUGAAUUCAGCAAUAUCAAAGUGGAAUAGUAGUAGUAUAACAUUGUACAAAUGAAAAUAAAAGUGAAAAAAAAUGAGGUUAUGACUAGUUGAAAAAUCCAGUGUGAAAAGUUUGUACCGUGUUUUGUGAAGAAUAUUGUAUCAUUUUCCACAGUACUUAACACGUUACCAGUUAGUGUGGGUUCUAUAUAAAGCUUGAAAUAGAAAAAAAAGGUGUGGAAUUGAUGUCUUUGGAAUUAGUAUAGGGAAUUUGUAUCUGCAUGAAGUUCUUAAUAUUACUGAUAAAAUGAAUACAUGCACAUUAUCUUGCAAAGUGUUGGACUUGAAGUUUAAGAAAUUAUGAGGUAUUUCAAAUGCAAACAAUAAUGCAAUUAUGAAGAGAUUAAUCUUAAUGAUUUUUGUUUCAACUUUAUUUUUGUCUCCUAUAUUGGUAUAUUUAGUGCUAUUACAAAAUAAAAAUAGGAUUGUAAUAGAGCGUUAAAAUCUUAUUCUUUCAAGUUAAUUUUUCUCAAGUAUUGAUGCAUUGUUUUUAAGUGUACACAAUUUAAAGAUGAAAUAUGUAUUCCAUUAUUGAAAUACAUGGAUAUAUUAGUUUGUAUGUUUCUAACAUUUUAACAUAAAGUGGGAUUUUUAAACAUAUAUUUUAAGUUGCAAUGGGGCCUUUUUGAUAUUACCUCAUGGAAAUCUAUGUCAUCAGAUGCUGCCAAUUUAUUGUGAAAAUAUGCAAUAUGAAGAAAUAUUGAAUAUUCAAUAAUAAAUUUUGAUAUAAAUC